CCGUCCCGUCUGCAGCAGUCUGCCUCAGCACCUUGCCUGCCCGACAUGCCCUUGGAUAUUACCGGCCCUCCUCUUGCGAGAAACUACUGCAGAAACAUAGCAACCACAAAACACUAACACGGGACAGCGGAGUGGGACGGAGCGUACCUGGAUUCUUGACACUUUUACCCUGCGUAGGAUUCUUUUUAGUCGGUAUACUUUUUUGUUGUUGUGCCGACUUCCCAAAUCGACGUGUAUGGAUGUAUCAUGGCUACGUUUGCAUGCAGGGUGCAGUUCUUAGAUGAUACUGAUCCAUUUAAUAGCACAAAUUUUCCGGAGCCGACCAGACCCCCACAUUUCACAUUCAGAGAGGAUAUUCCGCUCAUCAAUCAGAUCGCCGGAGUUCACAGACUUCUCAAAGCACCUCACAAGCUCGAUGACUGUGCUUUGCAGUUGUCUCAUAAUGGCAGUUAUCUGGACCUGGAGUCCACCUUGGCUGAGCAGAAAGAUGAACUUGAAGGCUUUCAGGAGGAUGGAGGGAGAGGAAAGAAGCACGGUAUUGUACUGAGAACACAGCUAUCUGUCAGAGUCCAUGCCUGCAUAGAAAAGCUCUACAACUCGACGGGUCGUGAGCUACGAAGAGCACUGUUCUCUCUCAAGCAAAUCUUCCAGGAUGAUAAGGAUCUGGUUCAUGAGUUUGUGAUGGCGGAGGGACUCACGUGUCUUAUUAAAGUGGGAGCUGAAGCUGAUCAAAACUACCAAAACUACAUUCUCAGAGCUCUUGGACAGAUCAUGCUGUAUGUGGAUGGAAUGAAUGGGCUUAUUGGACACAAUGAAACCGUACAGUGGCUGUACACACUGGUUGGAUCAAAGUUCCGGUUGGUUGUGAAAACUGCUCUAAAGCUGCUGCUGGUUUUUGUGGAGUACACUGAGAGCAACGCACCUCUCCUCAUCCAGGCCGUCAACAACGUGGACACCAAACAAGGCUGUAAGCCCUGGUCUAAUGCCAUGGAAAUCCUAGACGAGAAAGAUGGAAUGGACACUGAGCUGCUGGUUUAUGCCAUGACACUAAUCAACAAGACAUUAGCAGGUCUGCCUGACCAGGACUCCUUCUAUGAUGUGGUUGACAGUCUGGAGGAGCAGAACAUGGAGGCUGUGGCCCAGAGACACAUCAGCAGGAAGGGCACAGACCUGGACUUGGUGGAACAGUUCAACAUUUAUGAGGCAACUCUUCGUCAUGAAGACGGUGAUGAUGAAGCUCAGUCUCCUCCAUCUGGACAUAAAAGUCGGCGUCGGGCCAGUGUUGGAGCAACACCUGAGAGACGGGGUUUGGAACGACGACGCAGCCGAAGACAUUCACUCCAGAACGGGAAAGGCCACACUUCUGCUCCUACUUCCCCCUGUCACAGCCAUACACCCAACAUCCUGUCCUUCAACAGCCAGAGGAUAGAAGACAUCAGCGAAAGAGAGGAGGAGGAAGAGGAGGAGGAAAAGGAUGAAGAGCUUCAGAAAGCAGAGCUCUCUAGACAGGCAUCUGGAAGUUGGGUGGCAUCAACAGUAGAGGACGCUUCUAGCUUGUGUUUGCCUUUAAGGUGCAUGGUCAACUUCAUUCCAAAUGCCACUGAUACAGAAAAUGCAGAAAAACUCCGGAACAGGUCUGGGAUCAGGGUUAUCCGCAAGGCCCCAGUGUCCUCUCCUCCUUUUACCCCCGAUUUUGGCCCCCCGUUAUCACCCAGACUGUCUUCUUGGUCUUCGGUCAGAUCUUUAGGAGCUGUCCCAUCCCAGGGUUCCUCUGUCACCUCCUCAGCCUCCACCUCCCCGGGCGAAGAGCCCAAAUCCCCUGUCCUGCCUCUUCUCUCUUCCAAUCUUCUUCAUACUUGCCCAGUGGAUUCGGACGAGGUGUUUGUGGACACUCCACAAGGUCAAGAUCCAGACAAGCACUGCAGUCUGUCAGAUGUUAGAUACACAAACACACCAUGCAGUUCUUGUGGCAGCAUUGGCAAUGUCGGCACAUAUCCCGGCAGGUCAUCUGGGGUGUCCAGUGCCCCCUCUACACCCUACAACCGCUUCAGCCCUUCAGGAGGUCCAUCUGCAGACAGUAAAGCUGACAGGCCCACUUUGGGUGGAUUGUUGACCUCCUCCUACAGGCAGCACCAAGAGUCUCUGAACGCUGAACGAGAGCGGAGACGUCUGGAGAGAGAAGAGAGACUUCAGCGGAUUGAAAGAGAGGAGAGAAACCGCUUCAAUCGGGAUUAUGCAGACAAGAGAGAAGAGGUCAGACAUGCUCGUGAAGAAAGAUACAAGCAAGUGGAGCGUCUGGCAGCAGAGGAAAACGAAAGGGAACGGCCGAGAACACGGGGCCGAACAGAAAUAACCCUCAGUCUGAGUUCACGCACCUCCAGCAGCUCCUUGUCUCGUUCCGUCACCCCUUUGACUGUAGAUGCUCAAGAGGAGACACACUCUGUCUCAAAUCCAGCACGAGGAACUGUGACUGAGAGGAGUUGUACGGUGCAAACAGCAGUUGUGCGUUCUUCAUCAGAACCUCCCUCUGCCUCUGCAUCUCCUCCAGUGUCCCCAUGCCAACCAGAGGAGGAACAGAGACCAGUAGACCCAUCAGACAUCAUUCUAUCUCUGUCUCCAACAAACUCUGAGUCAGAAAGUACAGAGACAGAGGAGAAAACAGAGAAUACUGAAGCAGAGGUGUGUGAGGAGACGGUGGCGGGUGAAGCGGAAGAUGAAAAGGAAGAAGUAUCAGAAGGAAACUUUGAGGAUGAGACUAAUGUGACGGGUGCCGAGGAAUGCGAGAGAGAGAAGAUGUUGGAUAGAGAAGUAGAGGAGAGUGCCGUCCUGAGUGAGAAGGAGAGGCAGAAUGAAGAGCUGAAUGAGAAAGAUAACUGCUCUGCCUCCAGCAUCUCUUCAGCUAGCAGCACUCUGGAGAGAGAAGAAAGAGAGGAGAAACAUGUCAGUGACAGCGACUCAGGUCAAUGGGCAGACUGUGUAAAUACAGCAGACAACAAUGAUCAGUGCAACAAAGUUCUUAACAGCAAACAUUUCAUGCUGGGCAUGCUGUACGCCCAAAACAAGGAAGGAGAAGAAGAUGAGAAAGAAAAGGAGAACGAGAAUGAGAAAUGUUCAGGUCAGGACUCUACUGUGACAAGCCUUGCUAGCCGAAUUUCCACUCUGGAAUCACAUCGGCAGACAUGUGAGGACAACUUGAAGAAACUGGAAGUGGAGCAUCUAGAAAACCAGGGCAGCGUGCGGGCUGUAGCUGAGAAAUUUGGAGAUUUGGUCAAAGGCAUGUUAUCACCUCAUGACUUGGAGCAUAGUGGGAAGGAAAAGCAGCAAACACAGGAAAAGCCUCUGCCUGCUCCAUCACCAGCGCCUCCAAAAAAGGAGUCUGACCACAUAUGGGACCAGCUGAUGGCAACGCCACGGGAGCUUCGUAUCAAAGAGCUGGAUUUCACAGACUUAGGAGAGGAGGACGAUGUGGAUAUUUUGGAUGUGGGGAACAUGAUUGGGUCAGGUGAUCUCACUCCACCUCCACCACCGCCCUGCUUGCCCAACCUUCCUCCCCCGCCACCUUUAUUUGGAUGCCCUCCACCUCCCCCAGUCCCUGGCAUGAUGAUGCCCCCUCCACCACCCUUUUUGGCAUCAAUACCUCCAGCACAACUGGGAUCUCCUCAGCUUAGUCGAGGAGAACCACCGCUCUUCCAGAAGAAGAAGAAGACCAUCAGGCUGUUCUGGAAUGAGGUUAGACCGAUAGACUGGCAGUACACCAACCACAAGAGAUGCAGGGAGUCACUCUGGUCCAAACUGGAUCCCGUCAAACUGGACACAGCCAAAUUGGAAAACCUCUUUGAGACCAAAUCCAAGGAGCUGCCAGUUACAAAGAAAACAGCAGCAGAUGGGAAGCGUCAGGAGAUCAUCGUUCUGGAUUCCAAAAGAAGUAACGCUAUCAACAUUGGCUUGACGGUCCUGCCGCCUCCUCGCACCAUCAAAACAGCCAUCCUCAAUUUCGACGAGUACGCCUUGAGCAAAGAGGGCAUAGAGAAAAUCCUCACCAUGAUUCCUACAGAGGAGGAGACACAGAAGAUUCAGGAGGCCCAGCUUGCGAACCCCGACACUCCGCUGGGCAGCGCAGAGCAGUUCCUCCUCAUUCUGUCCUCCAUCAGUGAGCUGUCCGCCCGCCUGCAACUCUGGGCCUUUAAGAUGGACUAUGAUGCUUUAGAGAAGGAAGUAGCAGAACCACUACAGGACCUAAAAGAGGGCAUGGACCAAUUAGAAAAGAAUAAAACGUUAUGCUCCAUCCUUUCGACUCUGCUAGCUAUUGGCAACUUUCUCAACGGGACCAAUGCUAAAGGCUUUGAGUUGAGUUAUCUAGAAAAAGUUCCUGAAGUGAAGGACACGGUUCACAAACAGUCUCUUCUACAUCACGUCUGCUCCAUUGUUGUGGAGAAGUUUCCGGACAGCACAGAUCUUUACUCGGAGAUUGGAGCCAUAACUCGCUCUGCUAAGGUCGACUUUGAUCAGCUUCAGGAAAACCUGUGUCAAAUGGAAAGGCGCUGCAAAGCAUCCUGGGACCACCUGAAGGUCAUCUCCAAACAUGAGAUCAAACCAGCCCUUAAACAGAGAAUGUCCGACUUCCUCAAAGACUGUGCAGGAAGAAUAAUCAUCCUUAAAAUUGUCCAUCGCCGUAUCAUAAACAGGUUUCAUUCAUUCCUGCUGUUUCUGGGCCACCCACCAUAUGCUAUUAGAGAAGUGAGCGUCCACCGUUUCAGCAAGAUUCUGAGUGAGUUUGCUCUUGAGUACCGAACCACCAGAGAGCGGGUGCUGCAGCAGAAACAGAAACGAGCCAAUCACCGCGAGAGGAACAAGACCCGUGGCAAAAUGAUCACAGAGAGUGAUGAGGAAGAGGAGGAUGAGAGUGGGAAGUUUGCAGGAAGUCCUCUGGAGGAUCAGGAGUGUCAGCCGCAGGGUUUGGGCUACACGGAGGACGUGGCUGAGCAUGAGCAGAUGACUGCAGUGCUUCGUACCAGCCUGCAGGGUGGCGAUAGUCCAUCCUCUGUCCUUCCUGGCCUCCGCACACGGACCCGAGCCACUCGAGGGCAUACAGCACUUUUGUCCACUGCAAAUGAAGACACUUCUAAUUGCACAAACGACACAGCAGAUGAGAUCAUGGAGCGGAUUGUGAAAUCAGCCACUCAGGGCCCCAGUCAGAGAACACAACCCCGUGAGAGGAGACGUUCCAGAGCAAACCGCAAAUCCUUGAGAAGAACACUGAAGAACGGUCUUACCCCGGAGGAGGCACAGGCUCUGGGUUUGGCCAGCGGCUCUGAGAUGCAGGUGUGAGACAGCAGACGCUCAGGAUCUGGACAAACAAUAUGAGCUGGACACACACGUUUGCUUGAUUCUGGAGCAGGUGCAUGUUUCUGGGUUUGUCUUUUACUGUGGACAAUUGAUAUUCUCACAGGAGAAAGGGAUUAUAAUCACUAACCCAUCAUACUAUGCUUAUCCUGGGACGUGUAGUCAAACCUUACUCCAUUUACUAGCUUCACCUGCAUUUGCAUUUUGUCCCAGCGUGGAAUGAUUGAAACCACUCAGGUGCACGUCCACUGUUCCUGCUCUUUACCUGUAGACUGUUAACUUGAGCUCCCAAAUGUUAUUUUAAUGCAUUUUUGAAAGAAAACAAGCACAGUUGCUGCGCAACUUCCUGAUGCACAAUGUUUGUAGACGCUCAUACAUACACACAGAAUGCUUGUCUAGUUCUCCAGUACAGAGACAAAUGUCCAUCUCUUACCGCUGUGGCCUUCAGAAUGAACCCAAAGAACUGCGUUGAAUGCGUUGGUACUGGCUGUUUGGUUUAAUUCAGAUGGAAUUAAGUAGUAGCACCUUCAGCGAUCACAUCUUAUGUAAAUUAGUGGUGAUUUUUCUAGGUUACAGCUGUGAUAAACUUGUUUGUCUUGCCUGUUUUUAAAAAGGCAGGGCUUGUGUUACAUGUCUGGUUAGUUUCAGUUAAGCAAGAGGUAAACUGUGUCCACUAAAGCAUUUUUACUGUAGCUCUUUUCAAAAUGCCUAGCUGUAGGCUUUCAUGCAACAUGCUGUCAAAAUGUCAACUAAUACAAUGUUAGAAGACCAGAAAUAUCCAAGUUAAACUAAUAUUCUUGCUUAAAUUGGGUUAAAUAAAGUGGUAUAUUAUGCCUGCACAAAUCUAUAUUAGAGCGUUAAACGGCUGGUGACAAUGUCCUAGUAGUUAGUGUGUGGGCAUAUAGCACUGAGUUGCUAAUGGCGACCCAAGUUUGAUUCCAGGCUUGAGGUUCUUUGCUGAUCCUUCCCCUCGCUCUCAUUCUUGUCUCCUUCUCCACAGUCCUAAAGGUUAAACAUGCUUAAAAAGCAUUAAAUGUAGAGUUAUUUUCAAAUUCAAUCAAGUAUCAUCUUUUACUCAUCCUGCACUUGUUUCAAUCCCAUUCGACUUUCUGAUCACACUUUAUUUUGAUGGUCCGUUUGUUGAAUUAAAGUUACGUUGCAUCUACAUGUCAACUAAUACUCAUUAGAUUAUAAGUAGACUGUUAGGUUGGGGUUAGGCUUUGUGUAAGUUGACAUGUACUUGCAAAGUUUCUUAUAGUCAGUUAAAUGUCUGUUGAAUACUCAAUUGGACCAUCAAAAUAAAGUGUUACUGACUUUCUUUCUUCUGUUAAACCAUCAGAACCAACCAUCAACUUCCAUAGUAUUUGUUUUUCCUAUGGAUGUAAAAAAAAAAGAGUUUGGAACCACUUGAGGAUGAAUAAAUUGUGUAAAUUAUCAUUUUGGGUGAAGGUGGAUUCAGGCUUUAGCCAACUAAAAAAUAACAAUUACUUGAACAAAUAAGUAUUCCAAUUUUUUUAUAGAAAAUAAAAUGUACUAAUUUGAGGGAAAAAAGAAAAAAAAAAAGAUCUGUGAGUCUAGUCACUUUAUAUUUGUAGAUGCUUGAAAUUAGUUUAUACAGUGCAGUGCUUUUGUCUUUUUUGUUUUUUUACUUGAGACAGUUAGUUUAGGCAUCAGUUACUUGUAACAGAUCAUUUGCUAAAAUAUGGAGUGGUAUACAAUAAAAAAGGUAUACCUUGUCCUUCAACCAAAAUCCUUCAAAUAUCUGGUCAGAUCUCUGGUAACCAUAAAGAAAUAAAAUAAAACAGACAAUUAAAGUGAUUUUAUGCUGCAUAGUACUGUGUUGUUUUGGGGAUUUUCCACUGCAUUUCAUACAGUACAUACUAUCUGGUCCUAACUUUAGAACCACCUAGGGGGAGGUUCCAAGCAAGCUGUACCAUUACCAAAACGUAACAUAAACACACUGCUAAUUAGUUCGAGAGAAGCAUCAUUAAUGUUAAUGUCAUGAAAGCAUGGGUACAACAACUAUAGCGAUAAUUAUUUUUUAAUUAACUGCUGUGGAAAUGCAAACCAAAGUUAGUAGAACCAUAUUGAGCAGUGGAAAAAGUGGCCAGUGCAUCUGUAUGUUUUAAUUUUUAAAAAGUAAAAAAAAAAAAAAACAAUUAGUCAGAAUUAUUAGCCCCCCUUUGAUUUUUUUUUUUUUUUAAAUAUUUCCUAAAUGAUGUUUAACAGAGCAAGGAAAUGUUCACAGUAUGUCUGAUAAUAUUUUUUUUCUUCUGGAGAAAGUCUUAUUUGUUUUAUUUCAGCUAGAAUAAAAGCAGUUUUUAAUUUUUUAAAAACCAUUUUAAGGUCAAAAUUAUUAGCCCCUUUAAGCUAUAUAUUUUUGAUAGUGUACAGAACAAGCCAUCGUUAUACAAUAACUUGCCUAAUUACCCUAACCUGCCUAAUUAACCUAAUUAAGCCUGUAAAUGUCACUUUAAGCUGUAUAGAAGUGUCUUGAAAAAUAUCAAGUCAAAUAUUAUUUACUGUCAUCAUGGCAAAGAUAAAAUAAAUCAGUUAUUAGAAA